CGAUAUAAUCCGACGUAAUCCGACAGUCGGAUCGAAUCACCUGGGAUAUCAUAAAGGAAGUCCAAGAAAAGAUGAGGAGAGAAAAUCAACCAAAACUGAACAUGUUCAGAUGGAAUGGGAGAAUACUGAUAUCAAAGUGAGUUUUAGUAGCGUUGUCAAAGUAUUCUAGUGUUUCAUUUAUAUGUGAAGGAAGCAUAUGAAUUGUAUAAUGUAUGUUUUGUCUGCUAUGUACCAGAGUUCGAUUCCGAUCGGAUCAUACUAUGUUGACUGAUGAUGAACUUUACAGAAAAUAAACGGCAAUUUUAGAUGAUAUAAAGAUAUCAUUCUUUCCAAUUUUGAGAGAGCUCAGAUGAAUUCAACCAAAAAACAGGGUGUGGGUGUGGGUGUGUGGGUGUAAAUGUGGGUGUUGAUUGCGAGAAGAAAAGCACCCACACCCAUACCCAUACCCAUAACCACACUCAUACCCACACCCACACCCACACCCACCCACACCCCACACCCGCACCCAUCCACACCCACAUCCGCCCACAUCUAAAUCCACACCCACAUCCCACACCCACACCCACCCACACCCACACCCACCCCAUACCCAUAUCCCACACCCACACACCCCCCACCCACAUCCAACCCCAUCCACACCCUUUUGGCACAAAUCGAGUUUCCUGAAUCAUUGCUAAACAAAUUUUAUGUUAAAUCAGGAGUGGAAUAGUGACUGAGUUUUUCUUACAAGUACCGAUCUAAAUAGUCAGAUCAAAUCGAAUAGGUCUGAGGUAUUCUUCUUCUUUUUUGACGCUAUAACAGUCAAAUCAAACCUUCAGUUCGUCAUAAUCUACACCAUUUGAGCACUUAAUUCUAUUUAUUCCCACAAGUUUCAUGUCUUUUGAUAUUUAUCGACGAACAGAAGAUUUCACAGUUAUAGAAGUUCUUUUUUCAGUUAGAUAUACUUAUUGUUAUAGAUAGUUUAAAUGCUUAGCGAUUAACUAGAAUUUCGUGCUCUAUUGAAUUUAUAGAAAUAAGUAUUCUUUCUCUUUAAUUUUAGCCAUGUGGAAAAUAUCGAUUUAACACUGUAUUAGCAAUACUUCAUUAUGAAUAUCAACUAUCCAAUCUUCGUACUGUUCAUCGUCUAGAUCGUAUGACUUCAGGUAUAUUAAUCAUGGCUAAAUCAGCUGAAAAAGCACGUGCUAUUGAUUUUAAUGCUGAUCGUUCAUCAACUAAUGGUGUUGAUAAACUUUAUUUAUGUCGUGUACGUGGUGAAUUUCCUUACACAAACCAAAUUGUUCGAGUUGAUCAACCAAUUGAAACAUUUUCAUUUCAACUUGGUUUAACGAAAAUUGGUGGUAAUAAACAAUGUCAAACAUUGUUUCGUCGUGUAACAUAUGAAGAAUUAAAACAACAACAAGAAAUUCAUGGUAAAUUUAUUUUUGAUUUAACUGAUGAAACAAAUGAAAAUAUUGAGGCAAAAAUUGAUGAAUCAUUAUAUAAAUAUUUGGAUCAAGAUGAAACAAAAACAAGUUUAGUUUUAUGUCGACCAUUAAGUGGUCGAAUGCAUCAAAUUCGUGUUCAUUUACAAUAUUUAGGUUUUCCAAUUGUUAACGAUCCUCUUUAUAAUGCUUCAGAUAUAUGGGGUCCAUCAAAUGGACAAUAUGGUCGAUAUGAACAUUCAAAUGAAUACGUGAUUGAAACAUUUAUUAAACGACAUAGUUGUGAAUAUUGGUUACUAAAUGAUAUUGAUAAUGAUGAUGAAACAAUUAAUUUAAAUGGUAAACGAAUUAUGGAACAAGAUGAAGAACAUAGUCAUGAUGAUGUUAAACGAAUUAAAACUGAAGAAAUAACAACAAUUGAUGUGAAUGAUGAUGAUGCAGUUAAAGCAUAUAUUAAAGAACAUUGUUUUGAAUGUUUAAAUCGUUUUCGUGAACCAUCACCUGAUGAUCUUGUUAUGUUUUUACAUGCAUUACAAUAUAAAAUUUCCGAUGUGACUACUUUUACUAGCUCAUUACCUGAAUGGGCUCAGGUUUAA